GACGCGUUGUUGUCGUGAAUGGUCAGUGAAUUUUCUGGAACCAAACCGAGGAUGUUUUUCUCGUCUAUAAUCCAGCCGUGAAUGCAAACAAACUGUCGACGAGCGUUAAAUAAAUCUGCCUGGGAUUGUAAAACAGUAUUCUGCCGUAAAUAGUGAUUUAGCGGGGUUAGUUUGAUAGCUCGGGUUCCAAACGCGCUAAUCUGCUAACUAAUUAGCCAGCCAACCAAAGCGAGAUUCGGACGCGCUCGGCGUAUCUCUGGGAAUAUAAACUAUACGUUUUACGGUUUAUUGCCUGUAAAGAUGAGCUGAAUGCCACUUUUAGAGUUGUUCGUGUGAUGGAGUAAAGCAGCAGCGGCUGUCAUCAUCAUCUAAUCCCGCGGCGUUAAGAGGCUCAGUGUUUAAACUCCUGCUGCUCUCUCUCUCUCGCGCGAUGGACGCAGGAGGCAUUUCUGAUCUGGACCUGGACAAAUAUGACGCUGAUGAGCAGGUCAAGAUCAUCUGCCUCGGAGACAGCGCUGUGGGCAAGUCCAAGCUUAUGGAGAGAUUCCUUAUGGAUGGAUAUCGUCCUCAGCAGCUCUCCACAUACGCUCUGACUCUCUAUAAAUACUCCACCACUAUCAAUGGGCAGACUGUCCUGGUUGAUUUCUGGGAUACUGCAGGACAGGAACGUUUUCGAAGUAUGCACCCGUCUUACUACCAUAAAGCUCAUGCCUGUAUCAUGGUGUUUGAUGUCCAGAGGAAAAUCACAUAUAAGAAUCUCCCAAUUUGGUACAAAGAACUGCGAGAGUACCGGCCAGAGAUUCCCUGUCUGGUGGUCGCUAACAAGAUUGAUGCUGACAUGAAGGUCACCCAGAAGAAUUUCAACUUCGCUAAGAAACAAGGUCUGCCCUUUUACUUUGUAUCUGCUGCUGAUGGGACCAAUGUGGUCAAGGUGUUUAAAGAUGCCAUUCAGAUGGCUCUGUCCUACAAGAGGAACUCCAACGACUUCAUGGAUGAAGUCAUGAGGGAGCUAGAGAACUUUGAUUUAGACAGUAAAGAAGAAUCAUCUGAUAAAGACGAGGAGACUCAAGAGGGAAAACCGGACUCGGCGUGAUCACGUCACAUCCCUCGUUCUCUCAUUCUCCUCCUCCGCUGCUCCUGCACUGGUACUGAUGAGUUCCUCAGAUCAUGGCUGUCCUCCCACCGUCCUGAGCAGCAACUCUACCUCACACCACUCAAAGUGUGUGUCUGUUCAUGAAAUAAAUUAUGAUUCUGUGAAUGUACAGCUGAUUGAUCUGAUGAUAGAAUCACAAUACACUCUGAACUCAGAUUUGAUACAAAUUGUGCAGCAUGCAGAUUUAGUAAAAAAAAAAAAACUUUUAGCACUCUAAAGAGACUCUGUCUGGAAUGUGAAGCUUUGUGCCGAAUGUAACAUGAAAUAUUUUUUUAAAUCAUUUUUUUUAAGUGUAAUAUUUUACAACAGUUGCACAUUUCAAUUAACAAUUUGUGAUGCUCACCAGUAUCAAUAAACUACUUGAUCUUUGUACAAGGGUAGUUGGUUAUACUGUACUUUAAAACAUUCAUGUUCCCUUAUACAUUUAUAUUAAUGCAAAAUUUGAUGUCCACCUUAUUUGCCAAUUGAACAGAUUUUUAUAUUAAAGCGAUCUGCUGCAAGCAUAUCUGAGCGCAGGAUAAGACUCUCCUCAGGAACGGAUGAGAAGACAGCCAUGACACAAACUCAGUGUAGCAGAUGAAUGUGUUUGUCUGGAUGUGAAAACCAGAGCAAAGAAACAGCAGCGACUGCUCUGAAUGAUCACUGACAAUUACAAACUGCCAGGUUACAGUUCAGGCUAUGAAACACUGGCUUGAAAUGAUAAACUUGAUAAUGUGCAGCUUUCAAUCUUUGGUAAAGUGUUCCUGUGCCACGUCCACAUGCAGCUGUCUGAUGAUCUGUCCAGUGAAACUGAGGAAGUUCAGGAGUGACUCGUGAAAUGUCAAGAACAUGCCUGUCACGUUACAACUAUAUCAAAACCCACAAUUUUUUUUUUUUAAAUUACUGAUUGUAAAUGAUUUCAGUUUUAAAGUAUUUGUUUAUCAUAGUUGUCUUUCUAAUGAAUGUAAUUUAUGCUGAUUUUAAAUAAUCAAAAUUAUGUUUGGGUAGAUGUUUAUCAUGUGUAAUUGUCAUAAAAACGCAAAAAUUGUCCUAAAAAUAUCAUGCUAAAAUAGACACAUUUAGGCAGUUUUCUUAAGCAAAAAUAUAUAUUUGGAGUAAAAUAUGACCCUGAUAUUUCUUCACAAGGUUCCCCUUUAGAGACAAGAAAUAAAUACUGUAAAGAGCAUUUAAUCAUAUUGCAAAAACUGUGAAGUGUUUUUACAUUUUUUUUAGAUUACUGCUUUUGGUUUGUGUUUUGGGAUGUUUUGCACAAGUGCUUUAUAUAUGGAACAUGCAUCCAUGUUGGUGAAUUCAAAUAGAAGCAGCUUUGUACUCCACAUGAAUGUGUGUAUCUGAACUGGAUACAACCUUUACGUCAUUAGAAAAAUGUUCUUAUUUCUGAAGCCUCUGGUGUUUUUAUGUUAUGUACACUCAUUUGUUCUGUAUGCAGAAUGUGUUUCAUAUUAAAGGAAUAUAAACAAGUGAGAUCUUACAUGUAGCAUCAUUCAAUAACUCCACGAACGGGGCAAGUUGACAAAUUCAUCUAGCUUCUAACAGAAAAUUAACAAUGCAUGAAAAGUUGCUAGUUUUAAAAUCAAAAGUC